AUGAAUUCGCUCGCCUACCUGUCGCGCCAGUUCGAUGUGCUAGCCUCUCCACGCGCGCCACCGUCUACGCCUGCUUCUGAAGUACCGCCGUCUGUCGCUGGAGAGACCAGAUCUGGCCGAGCGAGGUCAUGGUCGACCAAGACGUUCCGCGUGCCCUCUCCUGGUGGAUCGCCUGAGAGGUCGUGGACACUGAAGCGGUCUCUUUCGUCACCUGCGGUCAAUGCUAUUGCAUCCGUAAACGAGCCGGGACCAUAUUUCCCUCGACGCUUGUCUACAGCAUCACCGACACAGGCAGCUCGGUCUUCCUCUCGACGUCCGUCUCUAUCGCAGACAGAGAAGGCAACACGGCCAAAGACUGCUUCUGAAAGCAUCCUCCGAAGUUUACUCUUCGUGCGCAUCAUCCUGCAAUUCUGGCAUGCCAUCUGCGUUGCUUGGCGAUCGUUAACGAGGCAAGAGCCGGCGCGUGUAUUGGAGGAAGUUGCAGUAGAGGAUGUCUCAGACGAAGAGAAGGACACUGAAGACGAGAGUAAGGACGAGAAACCUGUAUCAUUAGACCAUCUAGAGUCGCCCUUCCAGCCAGCAAUCCCACCACCACCAUUGCAUCCGUCACCACCACCACCACCGCCUGCAAUCUUUCCUCCAGGACCACCUGGUCUUACUGUCAGUCAUCCGCUCUCGGACACAACGUCUCCUCAGGAACCUCAGGCUAGUGUACAAACCGCACCCACAUCUUCCCCAUCUUCUCCGGCGGAUCUAUCUACACCACAACAUGUCCAGGCUCCAUCCCGCACAUCAACUCCCAGUGUGGCGGCGCAUAAGAAACCAUUCCACCUCCUCCCGAAGACACUCGUACUGGACCUUGACGAGACGUUGAUACAUUCGACCUCGAGACCGAUGCAUUCCGGCUCGAGCGGCGGCGGCUUGUUAGGUAUUUUCGGACGCGGUAACAAGGGUGCAGGGCAUGUUGUGGAGGUGGUGUUGGGUGGACGCAGCACGUUAUACCAUGUGUACAAACGGCCUUUUGUGGAUUAUUUCCUUAGAAAGGUAUCGGGGUGGUACACGCUCGUGGUGUUCACGGCAUCUAUGCAAGAAUACGCCGACCCCGUUAUCGACUGGCUAGACGCCGGGCGGGGAAUCCUGACCCGGCGCUUCUUCAGAGAGUCGUGUACGCAACUUCCGAACGGUUCAUACACGAAAGAUCUUUCAAUUGUUGAAGCCGACUUGGCUCGAGUCUGUCUAAUCGACAAUUCACCUGCAUGUUAUAGUGUCAAUGAAGCCAACGGCGUUCCUAUAGAGGGAUGGACGCAUGACCCACACGAUGAAGCACUGCUUGACCUGCUACCCGUUCUUGAUUCACUACGCUUCACGAGUGAUGUACGCCGAGUACUCGGUAUCCGUGGUUUCACAUGA